GCGGGAGCGAAGAACACGGCGGCUAUGGCUAUGGCGGUCAGUACUAUCCCCCACCCGAUCCAAGCAUUUAUCCUCCCCCACAAGGUGCGUAUGGAUCGUAUCCCCCAAUUCCUUCACAAGACAGAGCUUUCGAUGCUCCACCAUACCCUCCUCCAUCCAAUCCCCCAAAUCUCUAUCCAGCUCCUUCGUACGAGCACGAUCACCACCACCACCAUCAUCACGAUCAUCACAAUCACCACCACGAUCACCACCGUCACGAAGAACACCAGGGACGCCCCGACCGUGAGCUCGGUCAACUCGUGAAGCUUUGCUGCCAGGCCAACAUGGAUUUCAGCUUGGCUGUUCGCGACGAUGGAGUGGUGCUCGUUCCUUCGAAUCAUCACGAUGAUUCUCAGCAAUGGUACAAAGAUAUGAGUUGGAGCACGCGAGUGAGAGACGAGAAAGGAUUCCCAGCGUUUGCUCUCAUCAACAAGGCAACCAGGAAGGCUUUGAAGCAUGCAACCGAGGAGUUACAGCAGGUCUUGCUGGUGGAUUACAAUCCUCGCGUGGUGGACGAGAGCGUUCUUUGGACUGUAAGCGAGGACAUGGGGAGUGGCUUUCGAACCAUCCGGAUGGCGAGCAACAUCAAGCUCAACCUCGAUGCGUUCCGCGGUGACAAGCGAUCCGGCGGAGUCAAGGAUGGAACUCCCGCGGUACUGUACCGCUGGAAGAAGCAGGAGAACCAGCUCUGGAAGAUCAUCCCGCUCUAAAGCAGAGACUCUACUUAAAUCAAGCGGAAAGAGACAGGAAGAAAAAAUCAAACCCCCGCUGGUAAAUAAAAGUAUCUUUUUUUUUCCACUCCGACAGAUUCGCAUACGACGCCACGCAUAUGCUGCGAUCUGUCCUUCUCACGCGCAUUCUCUCAAAAUACAUAAGCAUUUGGGAAAGUUUUCUUCUCUCAGUGGUCUCCACUUUUGGUUUCCCAGAUUUUUGAGAGGAGGAAGGAGAAAUCUCUCAACCAUGUACUCCGGAGGAGGUGGCUACUACGGUGGAGAACAAGAAGAGAGGAGAGGAGGAGGAGGAGGCUAUGACGAAGGUGGCUAUGGAGGAGGUGGCUAUGGAGGAGGAUAUGGUGGAGGAAGAGGUGAGUCCGGCGGUGGCUAUGGAGGAGGAGGAGAAUAUGGUGGAGGAGGAAGAGGUGAGUCGGGCUAUGGAAGGCCAGAGCGCGGUGGCUAUGGCGGGGGCCGAGAGGAAGAAGAAGAAGCACAGUUCCACCGUCGCCGUCCUCCUCCACAGUCGUCCGAGAAGGAUCAACUCGUGAAGAUCUUUUGCGCUGCAAAUCCUGACUACGUUCUCACUGUCAAUGGUGAUGAGCUUGUUCUCGCUCCAGGCAACGGAUCGAACGAAAGCCAGCAAUUUGUCAAGGAUUGCAGGUGGGGAUCCAAGGUCCAGGACGAGGCUGGAUCACCAGCGUUUUCGAUCGUGAACAAGGCGUCCGGGCUGGCGCUCCAGCACGGGAGCGACUCUUUCGAGAAGGUGAUGUUGAGCCCGUAUGAUCCGGAACGCUUGGACGAAUCCGUGCUGUGGACCCAGAGUGACGACGUUGGCGGUGGCUACCAGUGCCUACGACCAGUCGGGAACGUCCACUUAAACCUCGAUGUCAAGGGCGGCGAGGGCGUUCGAUCCGGCGCGGAGCUCAUCCUUUUCAAGUGGAACAAGCAGGACAACCAGAAGUGGAAGAUCAUACCAAUCGAGAAUAGUGGAGGAUCGUACGGUCAUGGAUAUGACGAACAAGGAGCUCAUGGAUAUGGCGAAGAAGGACGUCAUGGAUAUGGUGGUCGCCCGGCUUAUGGCGAUUAUUAAGUAAAAGUGGGUGAAAGGACUUUGCGUGGUAAAUAACCAGAUAAAAAAGUGUUUUGGCUUUAUCACUCUAGUUA